AAAAUGCCCAGUGGCCGGCCAGUACCAGCCAGCAUGCGCUGAAGUAAGACGCCUUCAUGCUGAAAAAAAGAAAAAAGUUCCAACAAAUUUGACAGAUGCGAAAAAAGGUUAAAAAAAUAUCGUGAAAAGUUCCGCGAACUUUUUGGUGUGGAAACUCUUUGUGCCAAAACUUUUUAGUGCAAUUUCAAAACUUUUAAAAACUAAUAAUGGUGAAUAAAGUGUACAAAGUUAAUGAUAGUGAUAAAAAUAACAAUGGAAGCAAGCACAAUCAAAUACUCAUGUCUAUUAUUGUAUGCAUACCGGUCCUCUCAUACGGCACCGCCAUGGGGUGGAUAUCCCCCCACAAGGCGGUGCUCAUGGGCCCCGACCCCCCCUCCAGCCAGGCCGCCACUGAGGAGGAGGUGUCAUGGAUGGCGUCAGUGAUCUUCAUCUCUGCGCCGGUGGCGGUGUUCGCGUGCGGCGCCGCGGCCGACCGGUACGGGCGCCGCGCCGCGUUGCUGGCCGCCUCCGUGCCUGUUGUUCUGGGCUGGGCCAUCAAGCUGAUAUCCUCGCAGCCUCGCUCGCUGAUCGCCGCGCGGGCCCUCAUCGGCUUCGGCUCUGGAGGCAGCUACGUGGUCUGUCCACUCUAUGUGAAGGAGAUCAGCGAAGAUUCUAUUAGAGGGAUGACUGGCACUUUUAUUAUAUUCUCACAGACAGUUGGCAACUUGUUGGUCUUCAUCCUGGGAGACCUGCUACCCUACAAUACGGUGCUGUGGAUACUGCUAGCCAUCCCGCUCUUACACUUCGGCAUCAUGACGCGACUGCCUGAGACGCCAUCAUACUUGAUCAAGUGUGGGAAGAACGAGGAGACAGCCAAGGUGCUGAGCUGGCUGCGCUCGCUGCCGCCGGACCACUGCAGCAUCAGGGCGGAGGUGGAGCGGCUGCAGGUGGAACAGACCUCGUGCCAGCCCAAGUUCUCGCCGAGGUUGUUGUUUGCCGACAAGACCGCCGUCAAAGCCUUUUGGGUGGCCCUCACCGUGAACCUGACCCGAGAGUUCUGCGGCUGCAUAGCUGUCCUAGUCUACGCCAGCCACAUCUUCACUGCAGCAGGCAGAGACCAGGCCACCAGCUCGGCCCUGUCUCCUAAUAAACAGAGCAUCAUGCUGGCUGCGGUCCAGAUUAUUGGGUCGUUCGUCGCGUGCCAGCUUGUGGACCGGGCUGGGCGGAAGCCGCUGCUAGCAGUAACCAGCGUGGUAGCCGGCUUCAGCAUGUGUCUCCUGGGAGUGUGGUUCUACCUGAGCAGCCGAUCCGUGUUCUUACCUGGCUGGGUGCCCAUAGUGGCUCUAUGCACGGCGAUAUUUGCUGACGCGUCCGGCCUGCAGCCGCUGCCGUUUGUGAUUAUGACCGAGAUGUUUAGCUUCCAACUACGAGGCACAGUGGCAACACUCAUAAUGGCCAUAUCUCUGGCCACAGACUUCGCUCUGCUCAAACUAUUCGCUCCGCUAAACAGCUGGAUCGGAUACCACUGGACUUUCUGGCUGUUCAGCGCUAUAUGUCUGUCAAACGUCUUCUACCUCAUAUUCUGUGUGCCAGAGACGAAAAUGCGAAGUCUUGAAGAUAUUUAUGCAGAUUUGGAAGGCAGGGGAAAGAAGAAAGGAAAUAAGGUGGAAGAUAGUGGUGCUUAGGUGUUCAGGGUUGUGUGGAUGGACGUCAUAGCAUACGUAGGUAGUUACCUACGUGAUAAAGAGCCGGCCAUAAGUGACAACGGUACAAGACACAGUCAUGAUGUGUUUUAAGCUGCGUAGGUACAGACCGGCCCAACGAACGCCCAACGAUGGAUAUUUAUCAUACAUAAUACAGGGCAGAUUGCAGCUACGACGACGGUCAACGAAACCCGUUCGUUGGCGUUCAUUUGGCCGGUCUGUACGCAGCUUUACUUACUGUGGUGCGGGACACAUUUGGAUUAGGUACCAAAUGACCUACUCGGUUAUUUUAAAGGAUUUAGCUUUUUUGUAUAAUGCGUCUUACUUUAGCGAGUCGCGAAUUUAAUAUCAUUCACUAGACCAAUAGUAAGGAUUUGUGAUAACUACAAAUAUUUUUAUUUUUUUUAAGUAUAAAUGUAAGACCUAGGCUAUUUGACAAUAACUAGAACUAGAACUUGUAAAUAUAUAAUCUUAUAAUUAUAAAACGUACCUAUUCAUUGUAUUUU